AUGUCCAUGUCAAGUGCUGAACGAAAAUGUAAUGAAGAAGGUGAUGGUCAUAAGCUUGAUUUCAUGAUCUCUGUAGACAUAAAUGGUGACGCUGAUAAAUUUGAAACAUUAUAUGGAUUAUUUAAACAUCCAAAUAUUCUUUGUUUAUAUGGACGUUUCUGUGAAGAAAACCAUGUAUUUCUGAUUCUUGAAUAUGGAGCUAUGGAGAAAUUUAUAAACAUCUUAGAAAGUGUACCAGAUUUACCAAAAAGUAUGUGUCAAGGGUUUGUAAUUCCUCCUAUUACUGUGGCACAUGCUUUAAUUUAUCUUCACCAUAAAAAAAUAAUCCAUCAAGAUAUUAAGCCUGAAAAUCUUUUAUUGGGUCUAAACAAUGAUCUUAAAAUAGCUGACUUUGGUUGGUCAGUACAUACUCCUGAGAUGGUUGAUGGUCUAAUUCAUGGUUCAAGGGCUGACUUGUGGAUUCUCGGAGUUUUAUGUUAUGAACUGUUGUUUCGUACAGUUCCAUUUUCAGGACCAGGUGGUUGCAAAGUAUCUGAUUUCCGUUUGCGUAAACCCAAAUGCAUACGAGUAAAAGAUCUAAGUGAUGCGACCUCUUCAUCUGCAAAUACCAAUAUUGGUUCUUCGUUGCCUAGUUUAGCAUCAAGUUCUUUAACUAUACAAGAGCAAGCUCAAGAUAUAUAUGAAGAAAAUGAGAUCCUGUCACUACAAUCGGAACUAAGUGAGGACUUUCCUAUAAACGGUGGAAAUGAUUUUUAUGACAAUAUUUCUAGUGAAAAUCAAAAUACAAAUAGAACAAAUCAAGAGUUUGAUGAGCAAGUGUAUGAUGGAAAUGAGAAGCAAAAUUACUACUCUGGAGAUACAGGACCAUAUUUUCCAAACUUUACUAUAUUUUUGUUAUUUUUAUGGGUUACAAAACAUCAAAUAGAUGUUCCGUUCUCACUUACAACCAUUAAGAAGUACCAUAAUGGUCUACCACUCCUUCCAUUUAAAGGCCACACUGUUACCCUCAACAAUCGCAACAUGCCAUCCACUUUUAAAUCCAUUGGUCAAGCUUUAAUUUUUCCUUUAAAAAACAUUCUUCAUUGUGUACUAUCAAAUCCAGAGUUGUGCAAGAACAUGUAUUUUGGCCCAGGUAUACACAGUGAAAACGGGCAUGAAUUAUGGCAUGGAGACCUUUGGCAAAAAUCGCCAUUAUUUGGUGAGAAAAACAUCAAAUUAAAUCAUGUGGUUUACAGUCUUGGUGAUUUCAUCAUGUAUUAUGACACAUGUGCAAACAACAAAACAUACUAUGGUAGAAUCAUAUUGAUACCACACAUUGAUGAUUCCCAAGAUAUUUAUAUUAAAAUUGAGUGUAUUCUUGAAUUUAAUUCAUUACCUUCAGUGCUAAAAUCCAAGCAGAGAAAAGUUGCUUCUUGUAAUGGACAUCUGUGGAUGACAGAUAAAACAUUAAUUAUUAACCCUAUAAAUAUUAAGUCUAAAUAUGUCACCAUUCAAGAUCCUCCACAUGGUCUGCCAGUACUUAAUUUUUUUCUAGACAUUUAUAUUGACAAGUUUGGUCCAUUUCGUAAUGCAUAUCAUGCCAUUGGUGGCAUUUAUUUACAGAUUGGCAAUAUGAAACAAGUUCUUCAUCAAAAGCUCAAAAACCAUUUUCUUCUUGGGUUUAUUCCUUUCACAGCCACAAGUGAUAAAGUACUUCAACCCCUUAUUGAUGAUAUUCAAGAACUUGAACAUGGGUAUAAACUGAAAAUUAAUAAUCAACAUGUAUGGGUUACAGGUGGAUUGGGAGUUAUUACUAGUGAUUUACCAGAAGGUAAUGAACAGGCAGGAAUAAAAAACCACAAUGCACAUUAUGGAUGCCAUAACUGUAUGAUUCACCAUAAUAAUUUACAUGAUAUUACUUUUGACAUUUCAAAACAUGGGCGGUACCAUCAUAAGACUACAUUGCAGUUUGCUGCUAUGAAUGAUGCUCAGACUCAAAUUGAACAGGAUUUCCUUGCAACAGAAUAUGCUAAAGAAAUGCUUCAAAAAACUUUUGAAAUAUUAUCUACAACAGGGGAAGAUGAAUUUUUGAAAAUUUGGCACAACUUUGAACUUCCUUCAACUUGGGCCUGUCAACAAAAUCCAAUUACCCAUUUAGGUUCAUACUUCUUUUCCAAUUAUCUUCAUCUAAGUAUGAUAAUGCCAUUUCUUAUUAAUCGAGCAAUAUCUACUACCGUGUUAAAUAAGGCAUUCAUUGAACAUUUGAUCAAAUCAUGUGCCACUACAAAAAAUCAUACAGUAGAUCAAUUGUUAAGUUUAUGGGUAUCUUUUUCUAAAAUGGCAUUUCUAGUAUUUCGCAAAGAACUUUCUGAGACUGAUUAUAAUAAUCUGCAACAAAGUAUAAUGACAAGGGCUGUACAGGUUACAAAAGUAAGUCACAUGCACAAAAAACUACAUAAUCAAUAG